AUGACAGAUGUUCAAGUAGGUGAAAAGAGCACAUCGAAUUCCGCUCCUGCGAACAUGACAGUAAAGGGAAAAGAGGCAGAAUUGAAACCAGCAGCGGAGAAUAACAAGCCUUUCAAUUACAAGAGAAUAUCUGAUGAUGAUCUCUAUAGGCACUCUUCACAGUACAGGAUGUGGUCGUAUACUAGAGAUCAACUCCAGGAGAAAAGAAUAGACACUAAUGCUCGAGCGAUAGCCUACAUUGAAGAGAAUUUAUUAAAGGUAAGAGAAGCGUCCAAUUUAACAGAAGAAGAAAUAAAGGUUCUAGAAGACAAAGCUAUACCUUUAACAAUGGAAGAAGAGCUGGGUUUGGUGAAUUUCUACGCAAAGAAAGUUCAAGUAAUAGCCCAACAUCUAAAUUUGCCAACUGAAGUAGUAGCUACUGCAAUAUCUUUUUUUAGACGGUUCUUUUUAGAAAACUCGGUUAUGCAAAUCGAUCCAAAGAGUAUUGUUCAUACAACAAUUUUUUUGGCCUGUAAAUCGGAAAACUAUUUUAUUAGUGUAGACUCAUUUGCUCAAAAGGCUAAGUCUACUAGAGAAAGUAUCCUGAAGUUCGAGUUCAAGUUAUUAGAGUCAUUAAAAUUCUCACUAUUGAAUCAUCAUCCGUAUAAACCGCUUCAUGGUUUUUUUUUGGAUAUUCAAAACGUUCUUUAUGGUAAAGUAGAUUUAAACUAUAUGGGCCAAAUAUAUGACAGAUGCAAGAAAAGAAUAACUGCUGCAAUAUUAACCGAUGUCGUAUAUUUCUAUACCCCUCCUCAAAUAACGCUAGCAACACUACUAAUUGAGGAUGAAGCCUUGGUAACGAGAUAUUUAGAAAUGAAAUUUCCCAGUCGAGAAAAUAGCCAGGAACCGGUAUCGGAGAGCGGAGAGAAGGAAGAACAAAAUGAUACUAAUACAACAAAGAAAAAUAAGGAGCAGAAUUUAGAUGAUGGAAAAUCUCCAAUAGAUUCUGCAAAGUUGUUAGCUAUAAUACGCGAAUGUAAAAGUCUCAUCGAAGAACCCAAACCUCUAAGUACCGAAGAAGCCAAGAAAAUAGCAGCAAAGAAUUAUUAUUGUCAAAAUCCUUUAACUCUGAUUCAAAAACUCAAAAGAAAAAUGAAUGAAGAUACCCCUGCUGCUGAAAAAAGGCAAAAAAUAUGA